UUUUUGGGCCUCACUCUCCCUCCUGUCAAAACCCCGCCGUUUUUUUUUUCCCUGAACGCCCAAUAACCACGGGAUGCAGGCGGCGCGCACGUCUUAGGCAACCCGAUUUAUUUUGCUGUGCCCGGCAGCGUCCUUUCGACGAAUCCAUCACACUCCAACUGUUGCGCAGGCUUCUUUGCAUCGACUUGUCCACCUAAGCGCGCACCCCGUGGCGCACUAUGUCGCUCCUCCCGCCCGAGGUCACGGCCGAGCUCACGCAGCUUCUGCAAGCACUGCAGUCUGCCGACAAUGCCGUUCGUUCCCAGGCCGAGGACCACCUCCAGAACAACUGGACUGUCACAAGGCCCGAGGUCCUGCUGAUGGGCCUCGUCGAGCAAAUCGGCACAAACCCUGAAACCACGAUUCGCUCCUUCGCCGCCGUCAUCUUUCGUCGAAUCGCCGGGAAGACCCGUAAGAACGACAAGGGAGAGACCCAGGACACCUACAUCUCUCUGGUCAAGGACCAGGCCAUUGUUAUUCGCCAGAAGCUUCUGGAGACCCUCGCCGCCGAGGCGGACCGGGGAGUUCGCAACAAGAUCAGCGAUGCUGUUGCCGAGGUCGCGAGGCAAUGUACAGACAACAGCGAGUCCUGGCCGGACCUCCUGGGAGUCCUUUUCCAGAUGAGCGUGGCUCCCGACGCUGGAAAAAGGGAAAUCGCCUACCGCGUCUUUGCUACCACCCCAGGCAUCAUCGAAAAGCAACACGAAGAGCCCGUUGCCCAGGCUUUCUCGAGGGCCUUCAAGGAUGACUCUAUUUCUGUUCGAUUGGCAGCCAUGGAGGCGUUCGCCGCCUUCUUCCGGAGCAUGUCCAAGAAGAACCAAAACAAGUACUUCGGACUACUACCAGAAGUACUCAACAUUCUCCCUCCCAUCAAGGAGUCGCACGAUUCAGACGACCUUGGGAAGGCGCUGCUGGCUCUGAUAGACCUGGCCGAGAUUUCGCCAAAAAUGUUCCGGAACCAGUUCAACCACCUUGUUCAGUUCAGCAUCUCGGUCAUCCAGGACAAGGAGCUGACCGAUGUUUGCCGACAAAACGCUCUGGAGCUUAUGGCCACCUUUGCCGAUUACGCCCCGUCCAUGUGCAAAAAGGACCCAUCCUACACAAACGACAUGAUUACCCAGUGCCUGAGCCUGAUGACUGAUUUGGGCGAGGACGACGAUGACGCUGCCGAGUGGCUCGCUAUGGAGGAGCUCGACCAAGACGACUCCGAUCUCAACCACGUGGCUGGCGAGCAGUGCAUGGACAGGCUCGCCAACAAGCUUGGCGGCCAGACCAUCCUCGCACCAACCUUCAACUGGCUGCCCCGCAUGAUGUCGUCGCCCGUCUGGAGGGACCGCCAUGCUGCUCUGAUGGCCAUCUCGGCCAUCUCAGAGGGUUGCCGAGACCUCAUGAUUGGCGAGCUGAACCAGGUCCUCGAGCUUGUCGUACCUGCGCUCAAGGAUGCGCACCCUCGCGUCCGGUGGGCCGGAUGCAACGCGCUCGGUCAGAUGAGCACCGACUUUGCGCCGACGAUGCAGAAAGAGCACCACGAGGCCGUUCUCAAGGCCAUCAUCCCGGUCCUCAACUCUCCCGAGCCUCGCGUCAAGUCGCAUGCCGCCGCAGCACUUGUCAACUUUUGCGAGGAGGCCGAGAAGAGCAUUUUGGAGCCCUAUCUGGACGACCUCCUCUCGCACCUAUUCCAGCUCCUGCAGAACGAGAAACGCUAUGUCCAGGAGCAGGCUCUCUCCACCAUCGCUACCAUCGCGGAUGCCGCCGAGCAGGCAUUUUCAAAGUACUACAACACGCUCAUGCCGCUGCUUGUUGAUGUGCUGCAGCGCGAGAGCGAGAAAGAGUUCCGCCUCCUGCGUGCCAAGGCGAUGGAGUGUGCGACUCUCAUCGCUCUCGCCGUCGGCCGGGAGCAGCUGGGUGCCGAUGCACUGACACUGGUGCAGCUCCUCGCCAACGUUCAGUCCAACAUCACCGACGCCGACGAUCCUCAGGCGCAGUACCUGAUGCACUGCUGGGGCCGGAUGUGUCGUGUGCUCGGCCAGGAGUUCCUUCCGUUCCUGCACAACGUCAUGCCGCCCCUGCUGGAGCUGGCAACCGCCAAGGCCGACAUCCAACUGCUUGAUGAUGAUGAUCAGGUUGACCAAAUAGCCAAUGAGGAUGGAUGGGAACUUGUCCCCCUCAAGGGAAAGAUGAUUGGCAUCCGCACGAGCACCAUGGACGACAAACACAUGGCUAUUGAGCUUCUCGUCGUAUACGCUCAGGUUCUGGGCGGGGGCUUCGCGCCCUACGUCGCCGAGAUCAUGGAGAAGAUUGCGAUACCCGGCCUGGCCUUCUUUUUCCACGACCCUGUGCGGUUCAUCUCAGCGAAGCUUGUGCCGCAACUCCUCGGCUCGUACAAGGCCGCCUAUGGGCCCACAUCGAACGAGCUUAGGGGUCUAUGGGUGAGCAUUGUCGACAAGCUCCUCGAGGUCCUGGCCGCGGAGCCGGCCAUCGACACGCUCGCCGAAAUGUACCAGUGCUUCUACGAGUCGGUCGAGGUCGUGGGCUCGCGCUGCAUGGACCAGGCACAGAUGAACAAGUUUAUGGAUUCGGUCAACUCGACUCUAGAGGACUACAAGGACCGCGUGACGCAACGUGCCGAGGACAACGAGGGCGCCACCGCGGACGAUGUGGAGGAUGAGGCCGACGAGGUGCUCAUGGCCAUCGAGGAUGACCAGACACUCCUGUCGGACAUGAACAAGGCUUUCCAUGUGGUGUUCAAGUACCACAUGUCCGAGUUCCUGCAGCCAUGGGAGCGCUUGAUGCCGACUUACGAGGCCUUCCUCAAGUCUCCUGAGACGACGCAGAGACAGUGGGGUCUUUGCAUCAUGGACGAUGUGCUAGAGUACUGCGGCACCGACAGCAUCCACUACGCAAAUUACAUCCAGAAGCCCCUGGUGGAUGGUUGCCAAGACCCGAACGCGGCGAUCAGGCAAGCUGCGGCCUACGGAAUCGGUGUGGCGGCGCAGAAGGGCGGUGAGGCGUGGGCACAGUUCUUGGGCGGUGCCCUGCCCUAUCUGUUCCAGGCGGCGCAGGUCCCGGAUGCCAGGAGCGAGGAGAACGUGUACGCAACGGAGAACGCAUGCGCGGCUAUCGCAAAGAUCCUGCACUUCAACUCCUCAACCGUUCAGAACGCAGACACGGUCGUCGUCGAGUGGCUGAAGACGCUGCCCGUUACCAACGACGAAGAAGCGGCGCCGUACGUGUACGCGUAUCUGGCCGAGCUCAUCGAGAAGCAACAUCCCGCUGUGAUCAGCCAGCCGGACAAGGUCUUUGUCUUCAUUGCUCAGGGCCUUGAGUCAGAGACGCUGAGCGGUCAGACGGCCAACCGGGUGGUAGCCACGGCCAAGGCUCUCAUCACGGCUAGCAACAUGGAUCCAACGCAACUGCUCGCCCAAUUCUCCCCCGAAGCACAGCAGACCAUCCUUGGGUACUUCAGCAAGUAGAGAAGGUGGCUCAAGCCACGAGGAGCCAAAGAAAAGGCUCGAGACGCGAUAAAGCCGAUCCGCGGACUGCGCACGGCCUCUGAGCCGAUUCAUGAGCUUUGUUGAAUGAGCCAAGCCAUGGCGCUAGGGCGAACUCCCUGCUAUACCCAAUCCCCCUAUUUACAUUAACCGGAGGUGGAAAUCUUUGUUGAUGCCACAUGGUAUAUGCCGGCACUGGAACCAAACUACCCCCUUUUACCCUCUCCCCGACUGCCACAACACGAUCCGGAGGACCGCGUCGGCACAACGCACCGCAGGGCAUCGCACUUGAUUCUGCUGAAUUAUAUCCCACUUGCAGGUAGCAGCUACGGAAGCAUAGAAAUUGCAAGUAGUUGAGAGCAUGCGGCUGUGUGUCCACGGUUUUAAAUGUCUGGUUUCCUGUCACCCCCCUUAUUCUGUUUUUUAUCUGUUUGGUAAAAGUCUUCUUUGUCUCGGCGCCAUUAAACAUGGGUGGAUGGGUGGGUUCAGAACGGUGUUUUUCUUUUCCCCAUUUGUUUCUUCUCGUUUCUUGACGUCUUUUGCUCCUUGUUUCGGUAUCUGGUGGCACCUGAAUGGAUAGAUAUGGAUUUGAUCGACGGUUCAUUUCUUGGUGAAUAUGGUUCUUGGUGGUGUUGAUGCUCGUUGCAGCUGAGGCAGGUACAGCGAGCG